AUGGCUCUGUUCGAGCAUCCGCAACUCGUGCCUUUUUACCCGCCUAUCGCCCCAAUCCAAGUUCCGACCCCCCUCUACCCGCCGUUGAGCGCCAACGAUAUUGCGUGCGCGAACUCUCUCACGCUCACGGAACAUGACCAAAAGUACUUCCAAUACUUUCCUUCUUCUUCAAUUGUCUAUUAUUACAUGAAAGGGUGGCAAUGGAGCAGCUUCUGCUAUUUGUACAAAGGCCCCGCCGCCAACAACAAAGUGAUCAUGCGGAUGAUCCUCGCUCUGUCUGCCAGCGACAUGCAUCGCCACGGGUUGGUAGUGCGAUCUCCGGGCCGUCCAACGGCCGAGGACCAUGGGAGGUACCAUUAUAGUCUGGCAGUGAAGGAGUUUCGACAGCUUCUAGAGACACCCCGGCGGCACGUCUCGGUCGAAGAGCUGGAAAUUAUCUUUGCCACUAUGUUCUUGAUGGUCACCUAUGAGUGGCAAUUCGGCCAUUCUGUACGACAUCUCCAGCUUCAUUUGCACGGAGUGCGGUCACUUUUGGAGUCACAUCCACAACUCUUUCGACUCAAGGAUGUCAACGACGUCUUUCUGUCUAACGGGAGUACCGACGACAGUUCACCCACAGACGAGAGGUCUAUCUCCAAAGUUUCCUUCAUUCCAGAACAGUUUCUGCUGUGGAUAUUGUGA